CUGCAGUACCAGUCACAUUUUGUCAGUGUGCCUCUUUCUCUCUGUCUCUCCUUCUGUAACUCCCUCUGCCCUCUCUCUGUCUCUCUCUCUUCUAAGCGGGACUCUGAGGUUGGUGCUGUUGACACACACAGCUGUGCCCAGCACCAGGGGAUCAGCAAGGAUAACAACAGGAUUUGAAAAGUUUAUUUAUCUGAAAGGAAGGAAGGAAAGAAAGAGGAAAGAUGAUAAUGGAACUAGCAACGCGAGUUGCUCAACUCUAUGAGGACAUCAUGAAGCACUCGGACCCCCGGCUAAACGCCUACCCGAUGAUGCAGAGCCCCACCCUCAUGACGAGUAUCCUGGUGGGCUAUGUCAUCUUCGUGCUGAAAGUGGGACCCCGCUUCAUGGCCAACAGGAAACCCUACGACCUCAAGGGAGUCAUGGUUGUUUACAACUUCUUCUUAGUCGCCUUCUCCAUCUUCAUAGUGUAUGAGUUCCUUAUGUCUGGCUGGGCAACAGAUUACACCUGGAAGUGCGACCCUGUGGAUUUCUCAAACAGCCCUCAAGGCCUCAGAAUGGUUCGAGUAGCCUGGUUCUUCUUGUUCUCUAAAUUCAUUGAGCUGCUGGACACAGUGUUCUUUGUGUUGAGAAAGAAGAACAGCCAGGUCACAUUCCUCCAUGUUUUCCAUCACUCAGUCAUGCCCUGGACCUGGUGGUGGGGGGUCAAGUUCGGACCAGGUGGAAUAGGCUCCUUCCAUGCCAUGGUGAACUCAGUUGUCCACGUUAUCAUGUAUUUCUAUUACGGGCUGUCGGCUGCUGGACCCCGAUUCCAGAAGUACCUCUGGUGGAAGAAGUACAUGACUGCAAUCCAGCUUGUCCAGUUUGUGCUUGUGUCCCUCCAUGUCACUCAAUACUACUUCAUGGACAAGUGUGACUACCAGUUCCCUCUGUUCGUCCACCUGGUUUGGAUAUACGGAACCUUCUUCUUUGUUCUGUUCUCCAACUUCUGGUACCAGUCGUACACCAAGGGCAAGCGGCUGCCCAAAACCCUGGACAAGGAUGGUGGCAAGGGAACCAUCAUUGCCAACGGGAAGCAUGUCGAAAAUGGCCACUCGCAUCUGGAGAAUGGCAGCGCCCACAACGGGAAAAUGAAGGCCAAUUAACAGUCAUUAAAAUGAGAGGAAAACCAAACCAAACUAAAUCAGGAUGUAUUUUUCAUUUAACUUUUUUUUUAUUUCUUUUUUUUUUUAUUCAAGAACUGCAAUCUCUGCAACAAAGGAGAAAAACAUGGCCAGUAGACUCCAAAGUCAGUUUCUUUUCUGCCAUAGGAAAUGCGAUACUUGGCUACAGACUGCUGUACGAGAAGAGAAAACAGUGUCCAAUCACUGACAGUGUUUGUGCCACAAGGGUCAAAACUGCCUGUGUUAGCCACCCAGGGUAUCCCUUUCACCCCUCUUUCACCCAUUUUAAAUACAGCAAGCAAUGCAUUCCUGUAGCUAAAUCUAAUUAUCUUUAACAGUGAUGUACAGUUAGUCAUAAAAACUUGAAUACAACUGUAAAGUAUAUAAGCCAGAACUAUGGUGUAAAAUGAAUUGAGACCAAAUAGUGAAAUACAGCUAGGGAAAAAAAAGAGAUAGGCAUUGACAUUACAGGAAAGUUGAAAAAGGAAGGAGAAAAAAUUGGUAUUUCAAGUAAUCCGUAGGAGGAUUAAUUGACUGACCUGUCUGCAUUUAUUGCAUAUGUGGCCUUUUUAAAAUAGGUCUACUAACCAAAGCCCUCAACUAACACUAAAUUUUUGGUGUUUCUGCUUUUUUUCUUAUUAGCUCAUUUUUAUUUUUAUUUCACUAAGCUGCCUCACCUAUUAUUCUCAGUAGGUUUUCCUGAAUACAUACAUACAUAAAGUCACUUUGUUUAUAAUGCACUAACCUUCACAAUGUGCAUGGUUGGGUUGCAAGGUCUAGGGUCAGGUUAGGGAA